AUGGGGGCGCUGGCGCUGUCUCUCUCGCCGAGCUCGUGUGGGCGCUCUGCCGCAGGGCCUCUCCGGUCGGGGACACGUGCGGGGGCUGCCAAAGGUGCCCCCCGCCAUCCCAAGGUGCCCCCCGCUUUUUUCGCUCCAUUCUGGAGCUCCCGGGCCGAUGAGGCCGCCGACGUUGCCUCACCGAGCCUGCGCAGGCACUCCGCAGAACUCCAGUCGGGGAAACACUCGGGGGUUCGCUGCAUGGACAGUUGUUCUGCGAGAGUGGGGACGGGCCAGCGUUCCCACCCGAGCUUCGCGUGCUUGCUGAUCGUGCCGACGAGCACCCAGUAG